GAGGAGCAGGAGGAAGAAGAGGAGGCAAGAGAUGAGAUUGAAGAAGAACUGGAGAAUAUCAAGCAGAGGAUGUCUCCAGUGGUUGUUGGAAAUGCUGGAAAGGAAGCAGGGGCAAAUCCGAGCCACUCUGUUCCGGUAGGACCUGGAAAGCUUCCUAAUGGUUGUUACAGCACCUCUGAACCUGAGAUGAUGCCUUUAACCUCAUCCAAGCAUGCAACCUCCAUCAUCAAUAGAACUGCCAGACCAUUUUUCUCUCCCACUCCAACUCAUGAGGUAAAGAGCCCCAUCAUGGACAUCCCUUCUCCUCCAUCUUAUUCCACUCCUCCUCUCCCUGCAUCCGUUGCCCCUGAGUACUCCCCACUGCCCCCAGCUCCGACAUAUCCCACACCUCCUCUGCCAAUGUUCACCAAACAAUCUCAGCCAUCUUUUUACUCAAGUCCACCUCCAUUGUCUCCAACCAUGUCAUGUUCCUCACCUGUACCUGUUUCUCAGUACCCACCUGUGUCCCAUUGUGCCCCCCCUACUGCCCCAAAGCCAUCCACCUUUGUUCCAGUUUCAGCUGGAGAGAGAAAGCAAAUUACACAGAUAAAAACAGGAAUACUUGAAGACAGUGCUGCCAGGAGAGCAACUAAGAAGACAAUGUUCACAUUCAAAGAGAAGCCAGUGGUAGCUCCAAACCCAGAGCUCCUCUCCCUGGUGCAGGGGGUGGAUGAAAGGAAGAAGCACGGAAACAGAUCUGUGCCCGAGCCAGCAUCUGAAGAAGAGCUGUUGGCUCUGGGAGCAGAAGCUUCCAACUUCCUUUCCAAAGAAGAGGACAAAGCAAAAGGAGCAAAAGCUCCAGAGUGGGCCUCCUGUCUGAAGAGCUCAAGGACCCGACCGAGGGUGGAGCACCAGCCUGAGCAGACCCUAACCAAUGUGUCAGGGAAAGGGGCAGAGCUGUUCGCAAAACGUCAGUCCAGGAUGGAGAAAUACAUUAUCGAGAAUCAGAAGGCAGGACAAAUGAGGUCUCCAUCUCCAACGAUGUCCCUUCCACCAUCUUGGGUGUACCCAUCAAACAUGCCUGGAAGGGUCAAAGCCAUUGCUAAAAACUCUGACAUUAGUGUUCAGCUUUCACAGAAUAUGAAGGCGCAACAAGCAGUCAGACAAAAACCAAAGCCAAAGGCGGUUGCACCAGAACCAGUUCCAGAACCACCUCCGUUGGAAAACGGUUGCUCCAAGAUUGAAAUGGACCUAUCAAGGCACCGGCCUUACCAGCUGAACUCUUCCUUAUUCACCUUCAAUCCCGUAAAGGAUCCAGUUAGUACUCUACCUAGAGGAGCUCCACGGGCCAACAACCUGGUCACCGGCCAUGCUCUCUCCAGACAAACUUCUCUGCCAAGUCCUUCUCCCACUCACUUCACAAUCCCGGUGAAAUCCGCUCAGCUGCCUUUUAGACCCCAAAAGGGGCCAGAGCAUGCAUCAAAUCCAGAUUUUGGAACUCAGAGGAUCAGUUCUCCUAUGUCCCCCACUUCCCCAGAGAAAGCAUCAUCUUCACAGUCAGCUGUGCAGGCACCAAGGCCAACAUUUUCUGCCAAGAAGGCAGGAAUUACACCCCAGGUCUCAAUGGAGUCCCCUUCUGGAGAAAUGACCAAUGAGACAUCCACUUUUACAAGCGUCUCCACCCUCCCUAGACGGUUCAGCAGCCCAGCCACUGGAAUCUGGUCUCAAACAAACAAGUCUUCCACCGCCAGCAGUGACUCCAUUCGCCCACUUACUUCCCCUGUGACUUCUCCCAGUACUGCAAGAUACCAGUCAAAUACAAACCAUCAGGAUAUUCCGUUUUCCACUUCUACAGCCAAAGCCUCGGCAACACCCACCUCUCCACGGUCCCCUUGGAGUUCAAGAUGCCAGUCUCCAAUGGUCAGCCCUCCUGUGAAGGGUCAUUCUCCUGUGUCUCCUCCUUGGAGUUCAAGAUGUCAGUCCCCAAUGGCCAGUCAGAAUAGCAAGCCAUCUGCCGUUAUCUCCUGUUCCAUAUCUAGACCUUCUUUGGCAUGUACAGACACUUUCCCAUCUCCUCCUUGGGAAUCAGGAGUCAAAGCCCCGCAGCAGAGUCACAACACCCAGUCCCCUGCCCUCUCCACUUCAACAUCCAGACCUUUCCAAGCAUCAACAAGUUCAGCCUGGGGCUCACGGUCACAGUCUCCGGCACCUUUUCACAGAAGUUCCAUCUCAACUCCCACUAAAAAUCUCACAUACACAUCUUCAGCCACAUCUCCUUCUCCACAGCCUACAGGAAAUCGCUGCAUGUCACCAAUCAGUAAUAACCUGGAUUCUAGGGCGAACCAUAGGUUGCUGGCAAAAAACAUCAUCAAUGCGGCAAAACGUAAAAACAGCCCCUCGCCUGGUGCACUGAGUGGUCACAGCCUCCCCAUAUCACCUCUGGGAAACCAUGACUGUCACAAACCACCCAUUAGUCCCUUCCAUUCUAGAGCAUUAGGGGCACAGUCUCCAGUUUUCACCAGCCCUCCUCCCACUCCAACUCAAAGGAUCUGCUCACCUGUUCGGUUCUACAACUCUCGCUCCCUGACUGACUCGGAUGCCUCCAUAGAGUCUGAAGAUUCAGGGCUGCGGUCCCCCGGCUUGCACUCCUACAACACCUGUCCCCGUGGUUGGGGAGGCAGUCUGCGGGUCAAGAGAAGCACCAUCUCCACCGACCUGUGAGGGAGUUCUCAUAGGAGCCAGUUUUUGUAAACAAUUGUGACAUUGGUUCAGCCAAUCAAACAUCGAUCUUAAGAAAUUGCAAAGACUAUCAUAUACUUAAUCUGUAUUUCCUGCUUCUGUAUUAUCAUAGUUUUAGUAUUUAAUACGGCUCAUGCUCCAGACAAAUCAAGCUUUUUAUAGAGCACACUUGAUGUGGCUUGUGCGCUACUCAGUACCAAAAGUGCAGAAAACACAAUAACCAAAGAAUUUUAUUUUUAAUACGUAAGCAACUCUUGUCGUAUUGUCGGUCAUUUAGGGAUUCUCAUGUUUGUUGAUCUGAUAUAAGUCAUGAAAUGAAGUCACGGAUUACAGCAUAUCUGUUUAAAGCAAUAUUUUUAUUGUUUUUAAAUGAAUCAAUGUAAAAAUAAUCUAAAAAUUAUUACAAAGACAAUAAGGCAAUUAAUGCUCAUAAACUGCGAAGGAUUUUACUGCAGAUUAACAACAGUUUUAACUAUUACAGAUUAAUUGAAACACGCAAUUAUAACUGUGCAAUAUGUUUUUUUUAAGUGUACAUUUGUGUUGCUAUGAGUCCUGAUUUUGAUUUAAGUGAAUGUAUAUUUUCUGGAAACACUCAAAGAAUAAGGGAACAUUGAACUCGAUGGAAAAUAAAGAGGUUAGAUGGGGCAUUGGAGAGCCUGUACAAUCGAGCACUGUUGUCACGUUUAAUAAGAAAAUCAAACAUAUUCUUGCUCUGAUGCUUUCUCACCUGCAAUCAUAUUUCUUUGCAUUAAAAAGGUUUUUGUGGAGGAA